GAGAGCAAAGAGAGGCAGAGAAAGGGAUAGUGAGGAAGAGGGAAACGGAUGGAGAGAGCAGAGUGUAGGGUUUUGACUUCCUCCAUGGUUCCAGUUGUUCCAUGCUCUGUGUGUGUGUCUGGAGGUGGAUUUGACUGAAGACGCUCCGUCUUUGUUUGCUGUUUCUCUCUGGUUUCUUGGAAACUGAAGGAUUGAUGGGGAUGGAGAUACAACACACUGCACUGCUGUUCACCUGGACGCUCCUCUGAGGUCUGUAAAGGGGUCACACGACAGAGAGGGUGGACAGACAGAAGCCCAGUGUCCACAUCAGUAAGUCAUCCCGUGUUUGGCGCUCUGUCAGGAGAACCUUCUAGCCAGUCAGGAGAGGGGACGGGCGAGGCCGGCCAAUCGGAAGGAGAGAGAUGAUGCGGCAGGGCGGCCAUGUUGCCCUGGCUUUCAUGUCAUCACUGCUGCUGCUGUGGCGCCAAGCAGCAGCCAUCGAAGUUCCACAAGACCCAAAGAUCCUGCAGGAGCUGAAGCAACCCCCCACCAUAGUCAAACAGUCGGUGAAGGACUUCAUUGUCGACCCCAGAGAUAACAUCAUCAUCGAGUGUGAGGCCAAAGGCAACCCAGUGCCAAUGUUCUCAUGGCGAAGGAAUGGGAAGUUCUUCAACAUUGGGAAAGAUCCCAGGGUGACGAUGCGGAAACGCUCGGGGACACUGGAGAUCGGUUUCCGUAGCGGUGGACGACCGGAGGACUAUGAGGGAGAGUACCAGUGUUUCGCCAGCAACGAACCGGGAAUGGCUCUGUCCAACAAAAUCCUGCUGCGCGUCUCCAAGGCUCCUCUGUGGCCUAAAGAGGUGCUGGAGCCCGUGAUGGUGACUGAAGGCAUCCCGCUGGUUCUACCCUGCAACCCCCCACCAGGCCUGCCUCCUCCGUUCACCUUCUGGAUGAACAGCGCAAUGACUCCGAUCCCUCAGGAUCAGAGAGUGUCCAUGGGUCUGAACGGAGACCUGUACUUCUCCAACGUUUUGGCCAAAGACGGUCUCACUGACUACAGCUGCAACGCUCGCUUCCUCUUCACACACACCAUCCAGCAGAAGAAUCCCUUCUCACUUAAAGUUCUGACAACGGAGCCGUAUAAUGAAACAUCUUACAAUGCCACUGACCCCUAUGGUGGCCGGAAACUGGCAGAGUCCACGCCCACCUUCCUCUCUCCCUCAGGGAGUGAGAGCUCCAAGAUGGUGCUACGAGACGAUCAACUGCUGCUGGAGUGUAUCGCUGCUGGACUGCCGACCCCCGCCAUCAAGUGGUUUAAGAAGGGGGGGGAUCUGCCAGGGCGGAAAGUGAAGUUUGAGAACUACAACAAGACUCUGAAGAUCAUCAACGUGUCGGAGGAGGAUGCUGGGGAGUAUGUGUGCAUGGCCAACAAUCAUUUAGGCAGCAUACGCCACUCCAUCUUUGUCCAGGUCAAAGCGGCUCCUUAUUGGCUGGACAAACCUACAAACCUGGUGCUGGCCCCGGACGAGAACGGGCGUCUGGUGUGUCGCGCCAACGGAAACCCCAAACCCAACAUUGAGUGGCUGAUCAACGGACAGCCUAUAGACAGCUCUGAUCACAACCCCAGCAGACAGGUGCUGGGGGACACCAUCAUCUUCCGCUCGGUGCAGAUAGGCAGCAGCGCUGUGUACCAGUGCAACGCCUCCAACCAGCACGGCUACCUGCUGGCCAACGCCUUCGUCAGCGUGCUGGACAUGCCCCCGAGGAUGCUGGGUCCUAAGAACCAGAUGAUUAAAGUCAUCCAGAACAACCGCACCUUCCUGGACUGUCCCUUCUUUGGCUCCCCUCUGCCGGACCUGCGCUGGUUUAAGAAUGGACAGGGCAGUGGGCUGGACGGCGGUCAUUACCAUGUUUAUGUCAAUGGCACCCUGGAGAUCAUACGGGCCAGAAUGGAGGACCAGGGGACCUACACCUGUGUGGCCAGAAGCAUGCUGGGAAAGGCUGAUAACCAGGUCCACCUGGAGGUCAAAGAGCCCACACGUAUAAUCAGGGCCCCAGAGCACCAGUCAGCCAUCCGGGGCUCCACGGUUCACCUGGACUGUAAGGUGACCUCUGACCCCAGCCUUCCCGUCACUGUGAGCUGGACCAAGGAUGACAAGCCCCUCCACCUGGGCUGGAGGCUGAAGAAAAACAAGCAGUCCCUGACCAUCCCUAAUGUGAACGAAGGCGAUGAGGGCACAUACAGCUGCUCUGUUCGAUCUGAGAUAGACGAGGACUCAGCCUCAGCCCGCCUCACUGUUUUAGAGGAAGCCUCCCUCCACCCCUCAGUCUCUAGUGCCUUGCCUCCAGACCGUCCGGACCCUCCCAUGGAUCUGGAUCUAUCGGACCCCGCGGCCCGCAGUGUUCGCCUCACCUGGAUCCCCGGAAACGAACACAGGAGUCCAAUCACAGAGUUCCUGGUCCAGUUCGAGGAGGACCGCUGGGAGCCCGGCAGGUGGCAGGAUCUGUCCUCUUACCCCGGAGACCUGAACUCUGUCAUCCUGCAGCUCGCCCCCUUCGUCAACUACCAGUUCAGAGUCAUCGCCAUCAACUCAGUGGGCCAGAGCCCCCCCAGCCGGCCCUCCCCACGAUACAAGACCAGCGGAGCGGCCCCAGAUGCUAUUCCCAGAGGACUCCGAGGAUGGGGAUCCAAGAAGGACAAUAUGGAGAUCAGCUGGGAGCCUCUGCUGGAUCUGGAGAGAAACGGCCCCAACCUGCACUACAGUGUGUGGUGGAGGAGGAAGGAUGCGGGAGAGGAGUGGAGCAAUGUGACCACAGCGGGGCCCAAACAUGUCGUCCUCAACACAGACACCUACGUGCCUUACGAGAUCAAAAUCCAGGCCAGGAACGAGUUUGGGCAGGGGCCCGAGUCCAACAUGGUCACUGGGUUCUCUGGAGAGGACAAUCCCACCGACGCUCCCACUGACCUGCGGGUGUCAAAGGCUGACAGCACCAAGGUGAACCUUCACUGGGGGCCCGUAGACCUGAGCUCUGUGCAGGGGGAGUUCAAGGAGUACAGGUUGUACUACUGGCGUGAGUCCAGUCUGGUGCCAGGUCUGCUGGUCAGUAAGGAGAAGCAGAUCAAAGGUUUCUACAGCGUCGUUGCAGAGCCGUCUGGAGUCCUCAGCGACCUGGUGCCCUUCUCUAAAUACAAGAUGUUCAUGGUGGUGGCCAACAACGGCUUUGAGGGUCCGCCCAGCAACACGGUGGAGAUCACCACCAAGGAGGGGGUGCCGGAUGCUCCCAAGUUCUUCAGAAUCAACAGGAGAGGUUUUGACACCAUCCACCUCCAAUGGGAAAAACCACUAGAGCCCAACGGCAUCCUGAUUGGAUACCAGCUCAAGUACCAGACAGUGAACGCCUCCAGGGUGGACCGCCCCCAGUUGGAGACUUUCUCUCCUAAUGUGACAGACUUCAGCCUCCGCCUGCCGGACCGAUCCACCCGCUUCAAGUUCUUCCUGUCAGCGCUCACUCAGGUGGGGGCGGGGAAGGUGUUUGCUGAGGAGUCCCCACACUUCACCAAUGAAGUCGAGGUUACAGAAGCCUUCGUAGAUUCAGCUUUCUCUCCUACUCCUCCUCCUCUCGCUCCUCUUCCUCCAACUACCAUCGCUCCUACAACCAUUAGUACCUCAACUACUACAACUUCUACUACUACUACCACUACUAUUACUACUACGACUACUGCUGCUACUACAACUACAACUGAGGCGCCCACUACCACGGCGCGUCCCGAGCUGGUUCCCACCAAGCGUUCUGAUCAGAAUGUGUUGGUGGCCCCUGGGCCGGGGAUCUGGAAUCUGACGGUGGAGCCUAGAAGUAACCAGACUUACGUCAACUGGAGACACACCUUACCAGCCGGCAGCGAGUUUGUGCUAGAAUUCACACUGGACAGCGACAAGUCGGUGAAAAAUCACUCUGUGAAACAGCAACCCCCCAUUACGGUGGCCAAUCUGAUCGCAGGCGCCAUGUACCAUCUGAGGGUUUACUCCAAUGAGCUCAACAGCGUCAGCAGCAAAUCUAUCACCUUUAAGACCAAAGCAGCCUACAUAGACCAGGUAGACAUCGCCACUCAAGGCUGGUUCAUCGGCCUGAUGUGUGCCAUCGCCCUCAUCAUACUCAUCCUCCUCAUCGUCUGCUUCAUCAAGAGGAGUCGCGGAGGCAAAUACCCAGGUGGUGGUUGCGUGACUGGUUUUGCAAAAUGUGUAGUCCGUGACAAAAAAGAUAUGGCGUUGGACGCAGUAGAUCACAAAGACCAGGAUGGAUCUUUUGAUUACCACAGCGACGAGGACAACAAGCCUCUGCAGGGCAGCCAGACGUCACUGGACGGCAACGUGAAGGAGAGCGACGACAGUCUGGUGGACUACGGAGAAGGCGGCGACGGCCAGUUCAACGAGGACGGCUCUUUCAUUGGCCAGUACACGGUGAAGAAGGACAAGGACGAGACAGAGGGCAACGAGAGUUCUGAGGCCACCUCGCCCGUCAACGCCAUCUACUCGCUGGCGUAGCGCCGCGUUACCACCCGGGGGACGCGGUGGCACCCUCUGAUUUCAGGGUGUUACCACAAACCACAGCACCAUACACAAACACACACACGUGAAUAUAUGAAUAUAUGAAACACAUUACACACAGAAGGGCAGCCAGGCCUGUCUGGAAACUGGAGGCUCCCCUUUGGAUCGGGGGAACAGGAGUGGAAUCAGACCACAAGCCUUUACUUUAGUUUCCAGCUGGAAGAAGUUGGCUGGAGGUGACGUUGGGACAAAGAGGACAGUACUUGUUUUCCUCUGCGCUCCGCCUGCCCCUACACAGACUCGAAGUGUGCCUUCGGGGCAGCCUUCAGCACGUGGAGGCAUCGACAAGCGUUCUUUAGAGAUGUGACUUUGGUUGGUUUCUGCUCCAAACAUUUUCAACGUCCCUGCUCUCCUUCCUGAUUCGCCCCUCAAAAACCUCGGUGUAGCAUCCCAGUAACGUACACACACGAGGUCCCUUACGCACACACGUCCUGUAACAUAUCAGCUUCUAACAUCAAACUCAACAGGAUGCCCGCAGAUAUGUUUAUCAUAUUGAUAUUUACGCAAUGAAAGAGUUUAGUUUUUCCACAGCUGGUAGACGAGUCAUUGAUUCUUAAUGAGUGCUGUAUACAGUCCUGGCACACAUUUUAAUGCCCUGCUAAACUAUGCACUAUCACCUCCUUCAUCACAUCUUGGGUUUGAUCCGGUUAGUAAAAGUACACGCUUUGGGUUUCUUUUUUACCACUUGCAGACUAAAUCACAUGCUUUUAUUCACUUUGCCUUGUUCGAUGGAGUAGACAUGUUUUUCUUACCUCUAAUCCAAUAUUGUAGUGCAGAUGUUCAAAAUGGCCGCCACAAGAAAAGCUACUUCUGCCACAAGCACCAAGCUCUGCUAAAGUAUGUUGUUAAUGAAUCCCUUUUUUAAGAAUGACUAUUUUGGAGCAUGGUAGUAGCUUAGUGAAAGAUAAAUGGAAGGCAAAAGAGAGGAAAGUUAGUUUUGCUUGAGAAAAACUGUAGACCACAACCGAGUCAAUCCCUUGGUUAGCAUGCAUGCUAACUCUGCAUUCAUGUCCCAUGGGGACAACUGUCAGCUGACAGGGAUGAAGCUUCUGGUUUCCCAUUUGCUACACAUAGUACUUUUUAAAGUUAUGCACAAAACAAGCUGAUGAUAAAACAAGGUUUCAUUGCUUUUUCUUAAUUAUAUUCCAAAUUACCUAUUUUAUUCUUUUUAACUGUUACACCAGAUUUCUGGAAGUUUAGGGCCCAAAUCUUAAAGUCCCCAAUGAGUUUUUAUCAGCUGGAAGCCAACUCAUGUGUUCAUGCUGGAUGCUAAAAUGUACUUUUUGACCCAUGGGACAUGAAUGCAGCUUGAGAGCCAGGAAUCCUUGAGAUGUGUUCAGACUACAUGUUUGGCUUUUUUUUAUUUCCCCGCUGGAUUAUGUUUUUUUAUUUUUUUGCAUUCUGAGUUCAUUUGCCUUAAAAAGCCAUUUUAAAAACAUUAGAGUUCCAUGCACUGGCCUGCAGCUCUCUCUGUUACUCAACACCUGGUUUGUUUAUGAAUUGGCAUCAUUAAGCCUAAGAAUAGACAAAAAGUUUUGCUGAAGGGCACAUUUGGACUAUUUAAUUUAUUUGUGCAUUGAUUUUGUAUUUUAUCACACCGCCUCUCAAACGUCAAUCUGAACCCACCCUUACACAGGAUCCAAGACUCUCUCCGUCCCUCUAGUUUUUUUAACUUGAUUAUUUUGUCAAUCAUUACAGAUAAAAAAAGGCAUUAGGGCAAGAAUACUUGAAUUUACAGCAUGAAAAUAUAUACAUUAAAUUCACAACCACCUUUGAGAUGAAACGUAUCAGCUAUUUUUUUAGUUUUUGCAGAGGAAGAAAAAAGAAAACUGUUAGAGUAACAGAACAAGUUAUAAGAAGUAUGUACGCUCAGUAUUUCACUUGCCUACGACCAUGUUUGUCCUUCUUUUGGCUCACUGAUGGACUGACUUUAUUUUUUCCACAAACGUUCACUGAGUGCUUCUCUGUUCACCUCAUCAUGUCGCCACUCAGACUUAGUUACCUGUGACUCAACGGCACUAUUAAAACCUCCGAUGCUAAAUCAAAAAGAUCUUAACAGCAGUUAGCGACUGCAGUUCACUUUGUAUUUUAAAUAUUUAUUUUAUAUUUCUAUUUAUUACAUUAUGUGGAUAGUAUUAAUAUAAGUCCUUAAUUUAAUUAAUUGUUAUAAACACUUUUCUUACCAACUUCUUUUGUUGUUUCACACUCGAAAUAGCCAGAAUAAAGAUGUCUCCAGAAUCUGUUAUUGUUCCUGAGAAGCAUAAACACAACUGUAUGUUUCAGAUAUUUGUCAGCUGGCGUUCUGCUGUAAACAAACAACAUGUCAUCAUUGGUGUUUAUCUGUCAUUGUGCUGCUCUUCUCGUACUCAUGUUGUAUUAGUUACUCUGUGUUGUCAUUCAGAUUUAUGUACCAUGACCUUCCCACCACACAGUUAUUAUUUAUUUGACAUAUAUUCUGUACAUGUAGGUCCUGAAAAAUCUCUUAUAUUUGUAAAUAUAUAAAAGUCGAUUUCCCCAAAAAAUGCUUUAUCCGAAAAGGAAACUAAAAGUCACAAAUCUGUAUCCAGAAAGCAAAUGUGACAGGUGCACCUCCAUCUGCCUGUAACUUUGUAAAGUAGCUUGGACUAACAUUUGCAAAAAGUAACAAGCAUCAUCCUCCCUGUGUUGCCAUUUGCCUUGACAUUGUGAUGUACGGUGCUGACAUUCACUCGUUUGAUGAUGGUUUGGGUUGUAUAUUGUGAAAGAGGAAUAUGUUAGAUUCUGUAGGAUGUAAAUAAGAAAGAAAUGAUCCAGCAUUGUGGCACAGACUGCUAGUAAGCCUAAACAGAACUUUGCUGAGGUGUUAGAUCAAACUCAUGCUUUAACAUGAGUUUUCAUAGGACGCCUCUCAUCUCUACACACCUGCUGUUGCUUCACCGCUCCCCUUUCAGAUGCCUCCUCAAGGACUGAAGGUUACACUGAAGAAGCUGACAUAUAGACUUUGAUUAAAUGUAUUAUGUCAACAAUUUUCAAAUAACUGUAUUAGGUUAGUUGAAAGCAGAAAUAUUUAGUUGAACCAAAUGUCAAAUGUUUUUUUUAUUCAAUCUUAAUAUUAUUGCUUUCAACUAACCCAAUGCAGUUAUUUGGAAAUUGUUGACAAAAUACAUUUAAUCAAAGUCAAUGUUUUUUCAGUGUAGAGGUUAAAAACAAUACAAUAUAUAUAAAUAUUUAGUACCAACAUUGGGUUCAUUAUUUGUAUUCUAAAGUGGCUUAACUUUAGUCAACUUAUUCUAUAUAAAUGAUCAAAGAUUAAACAAUUAAACACGAGACUUCAUGGCCCACAACAAUUGACCCUUUUUUAAGAAGUCUGCAGUUCUCAGCUAUUUAGAAGGGCCUUUUUAGAAAAGACAUUGUGGAUCCAUUACAUCAUUUUCAGUUUGCAGACUUUGAACGAGGAGGUCCCUAAAACGGAACAGUCAUAUUUCCAACCCAGUUAAGAUUUAACCACGCUCAAUUCAGCAUUACCGUCGCUCUGCGUGACUGCGUCCUGGACGUAAAAAGAGAACGUCCCAGUGCAAAGAAUAUGAAAGCGGUCUGCAGCAAGAGGAAUUUUUGUUAACCUCUGACUGUGUAAAAAAACAAUUCACAUUUACUCAGCUAUGCAAAACGGCGCUAUUUUCAUUUACUUCAAAAAGAUGCUCUUUAAAUCUGACUGUGGCUGUCACAUUCAUAUUUCGUUUUGAUCUGAUACUCUGACGCUGCACCGACUGAUUAACAAACCAUAUCGUUUUUGGCGCCGUUCUCUUUAUGCCUCCAUGACGCAGUCACGCAGAGCUACCGAAGUGAGCGUGGUUAAAUCUUACAUUUAUUGGAAAAAUAAUAGGUGAUAGGCAGCCAUUUCAAAAUCGUACUGGCCUUUCAGUUCUCUGCCCCUUAAAAAAAAAAAAAAAAAAAAAAAAGUUCUGUCAUUUAUACCCUCUUCAAAAAAUGCCCCCCUCUGUCUCUCAGCAGAAACUCACAAAAUAUCCCCUGAGUUUUAAUCAGCUGGGUGUUUUUUUUACUAUGAAGCCAUUAUUUUUGUUGACUCUGAUGUUGUUAGUUUAAGUCCGGAGCACAGACAUCCUGGCGUAAACAGGACAGCGCUGCUGAAGUAGGGAAGCGAAGAAAAAGCACUGAGAGGUCAAACAUUGGAGCGUAGGUCCGGACUUUCUAACUGGAAUCAUUCUAAGAGUGUUCUCCCAGGUUUGGUCUGGACACCUGCACCCCCUCUUCCCCCACGGCCUUUCCUCUUUCCCCCCCAACUGGAUCACAGUGGGGAAAUGUUUUGAAACUGGCUAUAUAACAAAGAAAAGAGAAUUAUGCAUAUUUGCUGAUAAACAGUGCUUUUUUCUUGUUGUGCACGUUGACUCUUUUUACUGUCUGCAUUGUCUCAGCUCCCCUUUAAAGGGAGGCGGGGGGGGGGGGGGGGAGAUGUCAAUGUGCAGUUUUACAGCUUUGUGUUUCUCUUCAUUCUGAAUUGCUGCACAGUGUAGAAUUUUACUGCACAUACAAGAUUUGCAACUAGAUUUUUCAAUGAUUGAUCACAUGCUGUUUGGCUUUUCUUUUUAAAUGACUUCUCGUGUUAGCAUCUUCUUGUUUUUACCAUACGAGCAGCUCGUCAAAGUCUUGCUUCUUCAACAUGCAAAAUAACAGCUUUUGUAAGGUACAUACUCAACAGAAAAUGGCAUAAAUAUAUUCACCAUGUAUGCGUGUAUGAUGAGAUGUUGCAUCUUCUGCUAGCGACGCCUUCUUUAUAGUAAAGCUAUCUCCUUUUCUCUA